AUGGUUAUACAUUCACUACUACGGUUGGCGUUUAUCGGAAUGGAAACGGCUGGGAUCCAUGAGACAACCUACCAAUCUAUCAUGAGGUGCGACGUCGAUAUCAGAAAGGAUCUCUACACUAAUAUUGUACUCUCAGGAGGUCCUUCUAUUUUCCCUGGAAUUGCCGACAGAAUGCAAAAGGAGAUUCAAGAAUUAUCGCCAAGGUUAACGUAUAGUGCUGUAAUACUAGCUCAACAAUUGAUAACCGUGUUUCAGCACAGUGAAAAUCAAGAUAAUGGCCCCACCGAAGAGGAAGUACUCUGUGUGGCUCAGUGGUUCAAUCCUAGCCUCACUAUCUACUUUUCAACACCUCUGGAUACCCAAGCAGGAAUAUGA